UUCUGAUGUCUCUCCUGUACAGUUUUCGCCGACUUGUCCCCGUCUGUACACACAGCCAGCUGUCUCUCUCUACAUAAUCGCAUAUAUACAUACAUACGUCAAUUACAUAAUUUUCUCUUUGCCGGCGGCCUUGAAUCCCGCCGAGCGACGGUGAUCUCUGCCGAUCCUUCUCACUGUUGCAUUUUAUGAGCUAUUAGCUGUUGAGGAUAGAUGUCAGUUGCAAAAUUCGGCACUCUUGGUACUCCAGAUGCAACAAGAUCAGAUGAGGGGAAUAAUUCACUUGACACUUUCAUUAGACAAGCUAUAGGGAAGGAGCCUCUCCUUUCUUUCUCGAGAACAGGUGACAGCCCAGUACAGUUGAUUCAGUUACUUCAUGCCUUAGAUCAGCCAGAUCUUCCAGGCUGGCCUUUGUUGACACCUUUGAAAGUUCAGAUGCAAAAGUGUGUGAAAUGUUUCCGGGAAUUUUGUUCACCUGUAAACUAUCGUAGACAUAUGCGCUUGCAUCGCCGAUCUUUAAAUUUUGAUAAGGAGUCACGCAAGUAUAGAGGUUUAUUGGGUGCAUUUUGGGACAAGCUUACAUUGGAGGAGGUUAAGAAAGUUGCAUCAUUGAAUGAUGUCUCACUAAAGGAAAUUCCUGGGACUUCACUUGUCAAUGGACUGUCAUUGUCUAUCUGCAAAGCAAUGGUUUGGACUCUUCCAUCAGUUUAUGUGAAAGCAGGCUCUGCAUUAUUGGAAAUCAUCCAAGCUAAACCCUGCAGGCUUCCACUCUCAUCCCUUGAACUAUUUAGCAUCCUUGAUGAUGCUAGUGAGAGAACAUUUUUAUGUGCUGGCACAGCAGAAGCAGUGCAAAAAUAUGUUUUUGAUGGUGAAGUUGCAAAAGUUGGCCUUGAUCUGAAGAAUUUAAUUGCAUGCACUUGCUUCCUUUUUGAGCAGAAACUGGUGAAAGCAUGGCUUGUUGACAAAGAUGCAGAGGCAUUGAGAUGCCAGAAGUUGCUUGUGGAGGAGGAAGAAGCUGCUCAGAGAAGGAAAGCUGAGCUAUUAGAAAUCAAAAGACAAAAAAAGUUGCGACAGAAGGAACAGAAGGCAAGGGAUCAAACAAAUGAGGAAAAAGUGGAUAUCAUUGUGAUGGCUGAUUCUUUAGAUGAUUCAUUGAUGGCAGGAGUAUCCAGUCCUCCAGCAUCAUCUGAUUCAAACUCUAGCAGCAAUCUUGAUGUUUCAGUGGAUGACUCCUGCCUAGAAAUGGUCCACUUAAAUAAAGAUCAGGCUUUUGAAGCACAAAAGUUUUUCAAUGAAAAUUUUGAAAUGGCUGUUCAUAAUGUUGAACCCCAGCUGGUGCUGGCAAAUAGUCAAGAGCAACUUGCUAAUAGCCAAUGGCAGGUACAAAAACCUCAGAGGCCUGGACGGAAUGGUUUUUAUGGUAGUCAGAAUCAUCAAGAUUUGAAAGUUGAGCCUGUGCAGAAACAUGGACCUCCUAGUGUUAGGGGGGCUGUUGUUAUUGAUGGCAAGAUAUGGACAAGGAAAGUUAGACCAGAAAAUAAUGAGAGCUUGAGGCAGGUGUCACAGAAAAAGGCAAUAAGCCCAAACCAAAGCGGUUGUGAAGUAAUGAUUGGAUCUAUAUCUGUGCCUGUGAAAAAUUGCACUCAACACCAACACGGCAAUAACCUAGAGGAAGCACAAGAUGACUCUGGCGACAAACAGGAUUCAGAGCCUAAGAAACAUAAUAUUCCUGAAAAUCAAAAUAAAAAUGUUCAUUCUAAGUACACAACAAACAGACCAUCAAACAAGCAUUGGAGGCCUGUGAGCAGGCAUGACAGGGGCAGACAAGAUCAAGAAGACGGGGUUUUAGUGAAAGUUGAUGAUCGAACUUUAUCCAGUGAAAUUUUUCAGCAAUCACAUUACAUGGUCAAUGGCAAUAACAAGAACCAUUCAUGUCUACCACCAGAAGGAAACACUCAUUCAGAAGGCUUACCAUUAUGCAGUAGUGUUGCAAAAGCUUUUCUUGCUCAGAGAUGGAAGGAGGCUAUCUCAGCUGAUCACGUGAAAUUAGUCCUUUGCCCUGCUCCUGCAACUGCUCCUGAAGCUCAAUGUGACACUCUGGAAGCAACCAGUCCCAGCGUAAGAUUUUCAGGAACAUAAUAUUCUUUCUACCAAUAAUGGACUUGUGAAUUAAUUCUCUUGUGGAAAUCCUACCAUGAAGAUUAGAAAGAGGCGAUCAACAGAAGUACAUUUCUAAGAAAAGAAAAAAAAAAAAAAAACCAUUUAGGUAAACCAAGAAACUUUUUGUGGGCUAGACUUGCAGUCCAAUUCUCUAAAUCAGUUUGAACAGCAGAGGUUCCGUUUUACUAGUGAUCUUCUGUCAGGAAAUGAAGCUUUUAGUUUUCGGAGUCUGUUCUUUAAUUGGUCUUCUGUCAGGGGGGAGAAAUAGUUUACUUGUCAACUCUCUUUUGUUUUCAUUUUCUUUUUGGCAGUUCUUUUGCCAAUCCUGAUAUUACUGUGAUAAAUUGUUGCGUCGUUUUAUUUUUAUUUUAUUCCUUUUUCA